ACAACAAUAAUAACUCCACUUGUAACUCAAGCCAUUACUUCCCUUCUUCCAUAGAUUCUUUAAGUUUUCCUUCCCCCAUUUAUAUUAAACUCCAGAAUUAAGCAAUGCAACUUUGAAACUCCCUGUUACCCUUUAAUUUAUUCUUCAUGAAUUUUCCCUACAAACAAGCACAACAAGAUGACUCAAGUGGGACAUCCAUCCAAUGCAACCCAGAUGAUAACUUAGGCCAAUUAUUGAGUUUAGGCCUCGUCCGAUUCGACGAUGGCCACCCGGCAUCAAACACCUCUUUCUCUGAGACCAAAUCAAGAGUCGUAAACGGCAAUGGCGGAGACGAUAGGCUGUUCUCAUGCAACUAUUGCAUGAGGAAGUUUUAUAGCUCACAAGCAUUAGGAGGACACCAAAAUGCCCACAAGAGAGAAAGAGGAGCAGCCAAAAGGCAACAGUCAGAUCCCAAGAUGGUGAUGCUCUCAACAAUGGCUGUUUCUCUCAACUAUGCAGUUGCUUCACUUGGUAUUAAACCUCAUUCCCUUCCCCAUAAUCCUACACAAGGUGGGAUUAUUCAAAAAACACCACUGCCAAAAGUUUUGAGAAGAGAUCAAGAAGUCAUGGAAAUGGAUUCGAGUUGGCCCGGAAGCUUUCGAUUUAAGAGAGUAGAAAACCAAGGAUCAGCCAUCAACCAUCAUCUCGACUUGAACCUUCGGCUAUGAUCACAACGGUUUUAUGUAUAAAUUUACAUACUCCUUCCGUCUUUGUACUUUUCAUUCUUGUUUGUUGAAUACCUCUACUUUUAAAAAUGUUCAUUUUGUAAUCUAUCUAUUUUCGAGUUUUGUUCAUUUUUAUAAGCCCGUUGUAUAGUUAAAAUUUAUUGAA